AUGUUAUUGAAGGGAUUUUUUAGUAUCAUGCAAAUAUUUGUGAAUACUAGUGAAAUUAUAAUUCACUAUAAAAAACAUUGUACAAUGGAAGGGUGUGGUCGAACCCCAAACAAACCUCAACACUCCACAGCCUCUCCCUUAGAUUCACAUAUCACAACUGAAAUACCAACACAUCGUCAUCCUUGUACUGAUGCUGAGGUGAAAAUAGCUAAAUGUUUCAAUGGAGGGGAGUGCUAUGCAUUAGAAAUACAUGAAAAUAGGAGUGUUAACUGCUUAUGUCCAAAGUUAUAUCGAGGGUCAAGAUGUGAGGAAAUAUCUCCAGAUAUAUUUGGUGAAUUGCAAACAGGAGGUAAAGUGGUAAUAGGUGGAGUGGCAGCAGGUGUCUGUGUUAUUAUUUUAAUUAUUGUUAUAGUCAUAGUUUAUUAUGUUAUCAAAAUCAGGAAGAAAAGAAGAGAAGAGAGGUCACACAGAAAUGAAAAUGGGGUCCAAGGUGAAACUUUAUUACAACAAAAUAUAAUUAACCACAAUCAUACUAAAAAUGGAAUCCACAACAAAGAGACAAAUGUCUGA